AUGGCACCUCCGAGCGGGUCGGCGACGUACAAGAAGAAAGAUGGCACCCUGACCAUGUCCCAGGACAGCCAGUCGGUCUCGUGGAUUCCCGCGGCCGGUGGUGCCUCGGGGACGAUUACUUUGCCUGUUGGUCAUGUUACAAAUCUGCAACAGACACCCGCGAGUAAUCCCAAAGUCAUGCUAAAGAUAUUCGUCCAGUCUCCCGACGUAAGUGCUCCCGAACAAUACGUUUUCUCCUUCACGGCCGGGGCCAACGCGCGCCCCGAGGCAGACGCCAUCAAAGACGCCCUCAGCUCCGCCAUCCAAGCCACCAAAGCCGCACCGCAGCCUUCAGGAAGCACACCCACUCCCACUCCCACUCCCGGCGGAACCCCCGCAGCACUGCCCCGCGAUGGCAGCAUGUCCGCAGCCAUGGCGAUGGCAAACGCCGUCUCAGCAGGAACAGGCCGCAACGCAUGGGACGACGAUAACCGGCUCAAAGCCGACGCUGAGCUCCAACAGUCGCUGUUACGGGCGGACCCGAAUCUCAAGCGGAUGUUCUUUGAAUCACUAGACACGAAGCCCGAGUCGUUGACGACGGGCCAGUUUGCGUCGCAGUUCUGGUCGACGCGGUUGCAUUUGCUGCGGGCGCAUGCGAUUGAGCGGGGCCAGUUGCGGGGGUCAUAUAAUGUGCUUUCGACGCUGAAGCCACGGACGGAGGAGAAUGUGACCAAGUUGAAUAUUAGCAAGGAGCAGAUUCAGUUGAUUUUCAGUCAGCAUCCGCUUGUUAAAAGGGUGUAUGAUGAGUGUGUGCCCAAGUUGUCGGAGCAGCAGUUUUGGUCGAGGUUUUUUCAGAGUCGGUUGUUUAAGAAGUUGCGUGGAGAGCGUGUCUCUGAAAAUGAUGCUACAGAUGGUGUUUUGGAUAAGUAUCUUCUGGAGGAUGAAAAUGUUGGGCUGCGUGAUGCGCAUGUGCCUCAGUUUCUGAAUUUGGCGGGUAAUGAGGUGAAUCAUAGCCAGCGACGGGGUAACCGGCCGGAUUUGGAUAUGAGACCUUCAGGUGUGGACAAAGUGCCUAUUAUCAGGACAUUGAACAGUUUGAGUGAGAAGAUUAUGGCUGGUGUUGCGCCCGCGGACAGAGAUCCUACGGCUCCGGUAGGGAUGGAUGAAGAGACGUAUAAUGCGUUACAACUACGGGAUCUACAGGGCGAUGAGGAGCAGGGCCGGGUAUUGUUGAAUGUUCGGGACCAAAGUCGAUUCUUCACGCAAGCCAAAGAUGCAGCGGAAGAGCAGAGUCAUUUGAUCUCGCAGCAGGAUCCUGAAAAGGUACUGGGCACUCUCCGUACGCAAGUACAGCAACAAUUACCAGACGACGGCACCGCACAGCUAGGCCGAUUGGUGCAACCAGACGAAGACGAAGAUGCGGACGAAACUCGAUCCCGCCAGCAAGUAGGCUCUAAAUCCAACCUCCAACAAGCGUCCACCCAAAUCCUCGGCGCAAUUCGCGACCGCCGCACCCAAACCGAAAGCUCCUCCACAGAAGGCACCUAUGGCCUCACCCCACCCCUUUACGACCGCCUAAUCCUCACUCACGCGACAAGCACCGAAUUCCUUCACCAAUUCUGGCAAGCCUUCCUAUCCGGUAACGCGGACCGCGCGGGAGAGGUCGCCUCGCUGGUAGAAUCGCUCAACCGCGCAAUGCAGCGUAUCAAGGCCGUCGCUGCUGAUGCGGAGGCAGACCGACAGAAAGAAGUAGAACGGUUGAAGCAGCAUGCGAGAGAUAUGUUGGAGGCGACGGGGAGGAAGAUACGGGUAAGUCUGGCGGGAGUUGUCGGCGGGGAGAAGGUAGUGAAUCAGUUGUUGGGGCCGACGAUUAGGGCGUUGGAGAUUGCUUUAGGGAAGUACAAGGAGGCGUUUGCAGAGGAGCUGAAGGAAGCACCUGCAUAG